UGGAUGAUAGAGGAAAACAAAACGUUUGUUACACAUCCAUCACUCAUUCAAAUUCAGCCUUUAAAAUGUCAAAAUCACUCAACAUAUAGUAUAUAAAAGUCAUACCAACAAAAACAAUGGCGUGUUUGUAUUGAACUUUAUGGUUAGAUUAUCACCAAAAUAAUACAAAUAAUAGUCAAAGAUGUCCAAUUACUUUAUCUUUCUCCCAAAAAAAGCCCACUAUUCUCAACAUUAUUCCACUAACAGUAUAUUCCGCAGUUCACCGAGUUCCGGUCACCGGAAAAUGUCUCCUCCAACUGUCUCUCUCCUCCCCAUUUUCUCUCUCCUCUUUCUUCUUCUCACUCCUCAAUCUUCUUCCUUCCCUUUUCCCAAACCAAAACCAGAAAUUCAAUCACCCAUCAAAACCAUCGUCAUUUUAGUCAUGGAAAACCGUUCAUUCGACCAUAUUCUUGGGUGGCUCAAAUCAACCCGACCCGAAAUUGAUGGGUUAACCGGAAACGAGUUCAACCGGUUGAACUCCUCUGACCCCAUAUCACCCCAAAUUCACGUCUCAAAUGAUGCGGUUUUUGUUGACUCGGACCCGGGUCACUCAAUCCAAGCUAUAACCGAACAGAUAUUCGGGUCGACCCGAUUAACUGACCCAGCACCUAUGAAUGGGUUUGCUCAACAAGCUAAUUCUAUGUCAACCCACAUGCCAAAAAAUGUUAUGAGUGGGUUUAAACCUGAGUUAGUUCCUGUUUACACUGAGUUAGCCAACGAGUUCGCCGUGUUGGACCGGUGGUUCGCAUCGGUUCCUGCGUCAACUCAGCCGAAUCGGUUUUAUGUUCACUCAGCUACUUCUCAUGGUGCGUCAAGUAAUGUAAGGAAAGAUUUAAUUCAUGGGUUUCCUCAAAAAACAAUCUUUGAUUCACUUGAUGAAAAUGGGCUUAGUUUUGGGAUUUAUUACCAAAAUAUCCCUGCAACUAUGUUUUUCAAGAGUUUGAGGAAGAUUAAGCAUAUAACUAAGUUUCAUAGUUAUAGUUUAAAGUUUAAAUUGCAUGCUAAACUUGGUAUGUUGCCUAAUUAUGUGGUAAUUGAGCAAAGGUAUUUUGAUAAGAAUAUAUUUCCUGCUAAUGAUGAUCAUCCUUCGCAUGACGUGGCGGAAGGACAGAAGUUUGUGAAGGAGGUGUAUGAGACACUGAGGGCUAGUCCACAGUGGAAAGAAAUGGCUUUGUUGAUAACGUAUGAUGAACAUGGUGGGUUUUAUGAUCAUGUUCCUACCCCUGUUUCUGGGGUUCCUAGUCCUGAUGGGAUCGUUGGGCCCGAACCGUUUUAUUUUCGGUUCGAUCGGUUGGGAGUUCGGGUUCCCACGUUGUUGAUUUCCCCUUGGAUUGAUAAGGGUACUGUGAUCCGGAAGCCUGAUGGACCUACUCCAACAUCGGAAUUCGAACAUUCCUCCAUCCCUGCUACUGUGAAGAGGCUUUUCAACUUAAAAUCCAAUUUCCUUACUAAACGAGAUGCGUGGGCUGGAAGCUUUGAAAAGUACUUCUAUCUGCGUGACACUCCACGUGAAGAUUGUCCAGAGAAACUGCAGGAGGUUAAGAGAUCACUAAGGCCAUUUGGAGCCAGAGAAGAUGCAAAACUUUCAGAGUUUCAGAUGGAAUUAAUACAACUUGCUUCGCAACUUAAUGGUGACCAUGUUCUUAACACUUACCCGGAUAUUGGCAAAAAUAUGACUGUGAAUGAAGCCAAUCAAUAUGCAGAGGAUGCAGUGCAUCGAUUUUUAGAAGCUGGGAAAGCAGCUAUUAAAGCUGGAGCUGAUGAAUCAACUAUUGUAACAAUGAAACCAUCUCUUACCAGUCGGACUUCUGGUGGUAGCCUCAGCAGCUAUCAAUAGAAUCAUUGUUUCUUCUAAGUUACACUUUGUGUAAAUAUUUAUAUACUACGAUCAAAUGUACGUUUAUGCAACCUUUGCUAAAAACCUAGUAGGAAAAGAGCAUUGAAGAAUAUUAAUAUCCUGUAAAUAUAACAUCAUAUUGAAACAGUCUUCUUGUCUCUGGGAGAGGCAUGCUGCUGAGUUCAGAGGCAAUGGAGCAUCUGUUGUGAUUUGUCUAUAUAUAUUAGAUUGAGAUUUCAAGGUACUAAGGUAUGUCCCUAAUAGACCUUAUUCCAUCGUCUGUAAUUUUCAUAUUACGUUCUGCAACUGUAAUGUCCUGCUGAAGAUUAUGAAAAUGUAUUUGGUGUUCUGUAAUGAUCAUAUUCCAAAAGCA